ACGUACACACAUACAAUUAUUAACAAUUGAUCCGUGCGCGAGCGAGCACACAGCACGAGUUCUUCAGUAAAUCGUCAAAGUAAAACGAAAAUAGGCAAAAACAUGUCCAAGUACAAGAUCGUUAUGGUUCGCCACGGCGAGAGCGAGUGGAAUCAGCUGAAUCUGUUCUGCGGAUGGUUCGACGCUGGCCUCUCCGACAAAGGCAAGGCUGAAGCCCUUGCUGCUGGCAAAGCUCUGAAAGAUGCCGGAUAUACUUUUGAUGUCGCUCACACGUCAAUGCUCACCAGAGCACAGAACACUCUGGGAUCAAUUUUGAAGGAGAUUGGCCAAGAAAACAUUCCAAUUAACAAAACUUGGCGAUUGAAUGAGCGUCAUUAUGGUGGACUCACUGGAAUGAACAAAACUGAAACUGCUCAAAAAUAUGGUGAAGAGCAAGUGCAAAUCUGGAGAAGAUCCUUCGACACCCCUCCACCACCAAUGGAAGCCGAUCACAAAUAUUAUGAUGCCAUUGUAAAAGAUCCCAGGUACGCUGCUGAGCCAAAACCUGAAGAAUUCCCCAAGUUUGAAUCUCUCAAGCUCACCAUUGAGAGAACUCUGCCCUACUGGAACAACGUUAUCAUUCCACAAUUAAAAGAAGGCAAGAAAAUCAUCAUUGCUGCUCAUGGCAACAGCUUGAGAGGCAUUGUAAAACAUCUUGACCAAUUGAGCAAUGACCAAAUCAUGGGUCUUAAUCUGCCAACUGGUAUUCCAUUUGUUUAUGAGUUGGACGAGAACUUCAAACCUGUAGUUUCUAUGAAAUUCCUUGGCGACGAAGCUACUGUAAAAGCAGCAAUGGAAGCAGUCGCUGCGCAGGGCAAAGCCAAGUGAACAGUUAACUAAUUGUGCAAAUAAAUCACAAUCAAUUCAUGUUAUUUGUUGAAUACAAAUUACACUUGCAAAAUUGUUUCUGGUUUUCACCAUUGAAUGGUUGAGAAUUAGAGAAAUUAUCCUAAAGUUGUAAGUUACCUGUACAAUAAAAACCAAAAAUAAGGAUAUCGAAUGACUCUUUGAACAAUUCUGUUCCGGUGUGUUCAAUUGAUAUUCCACAUAAAAUCGUUCGAAAAAUUA